AUGGAGUUUUUACUCAAAUUUGGUGAAGUAAAUGAUUCAUUGUUAGAGAUGCUCUUAAAGGUGGUGGCUAUGAAGCAAGCUAUGACUGAUGAAUUACAGGCUUUAGACAAGACUCAUACCUGGGAUCAAGGUGAAAUGGAUUCAUCUGGCCAUAAUUCAACUGCACACUCUAAUACCCCAUCAUCAACAAGAUGUAAAUCUGAUCCAGCAUGGGACUAUGUAACUGAGGGGCGAGUUCCCGAUGGGGAGAAAACUUUAACAUGUUUGUAUUGUGGGAAGACUAUCAAAGGUGGAGGGAUUAAUAGAAUGAAGCAACAUCUUGCAGGAAAGUUUGGUGAGCCCAUGUUUGAUUCUGCAAUCGCCAUUGGUCCAGGAUUUAAAGUUCCUACCUACCAUGAAGUUCGAGUUCCUUUAUUGAGUGACUCAAAGAAAGAGCUUCAGUUGUUUAUUGACUCUGUAAAGAGUACUUGGGCUGAUUCUGGGUGUACAAUUAUGGGUGAUGGUUGGGCUGAUGGUAGACAUAGAACUCUCAUUAAUUUUCUUGUUUAUUGUCCUAGAGGAAUCACUUUUGUUAAGUCUGUUGAUGCCUCUGAUGUUGUAAAAGAUGCUCCUCUUCUUUUUAAAUUGUUUGAAGAAAUUAUUGAGUGGGUGGGAGCAAGCAAUAUUGUGCACAUGGUGAUAGAUAAUGGGGCAAAUUAUGUUGCUGCUGGAAGGCUUGUUAGUGAAACUUACAAGAAUAGUAAUUGGUCUCCUUGUGCAGUACAUUGUUUGAACUUAGUGUUAAGUGAUAUUUCCAAGUUGAAUCAUGUGAAAGAGUUUGCGUCUAGAGCAUCAAGUGUGACAAGAUUUAUUUACAAUCGCCCAUGGUUGAUAGCUUGGUUGAGGAAAAGGAAAGGAUGGACUGAAAUUGUGCGCCCAGGAGCAACCUGUUUUGCCACUACUUUCAUUGCAUUGCUUAGUAUUCAAAAGCAUAUGCAUGAUUUGAAAGCCUUAGUGACAAGUAAGGAUUUUGUCGAUUCAAGGCAUGCAAAAGAUAAGAAAGAAAAAGAAGUUGUUGCUAUCAUUUUAGAUAGUAAUUUUUCAAAUGAUUACUUGACCAUUGUUAAGAUUGUUGAGCCACUCAUGAGAUUGUUGCGUAUUGUUGAUGGAGAUAAAAAACCUUCAAUGGGAUAUGCAUAUGAGGGUAUACAUUUCAACAACAUGAAGAACUAUGAUCCGGUUGACAUUGAAAGUAUUGACAAAACGGAGUUUUGGAUUGUUGAAGAUGAAGAAGAGCCUCCUCUUCUUGAUUUUGAUGAGUUGGAACAAAUGCUUUAUCCAGAAAAAGAUAACGGAGAGGAUGUGGUCUUAGAGGUUGGAGAUGAUAUUGACCUUGGAUCAUUUGGUGAUGUCAACAUGGAUGAUUGA